CAGACGGGUCUCUUUCGGUUUAUAUCAGAGAACCCAAUGGAGUCUUUUGAAGAACCUGGUCAGGUUAGUAGGGAGAACUUAUUAGAAGUUCCCACUUUAAGCGAUUCUCUCUCAGAAGAUGAAGAUGUUAAAGCUACACUGCAGCACCGCUUCUCCCCCAGCCCCCGGAGGCGGAAUUCAGAUUCUUCUGAAGAAAUGGAAGCAGAAACCCCAUCCACCAUUGCAAGAAAAGUUUCAUUUGCUGAUGCAUUUGGUUUUGACCUUGUAUCCGUUAAGGAGUUUGAUACCUGGGAUGUUCCAAUUACAUUACCAAAUGACGACUUAGAAGACGAAGUUGUGCCUGUGGAGGAAUUUUAUUUGUCUCCACUGUUUAUACUGCCUGCCACACAAGAAGAGCUUUUGCAAAAAGUGCGUGCACAGAAAGUAUGGCUAGAGUCUGUCGAGUUCCUGCCAGGGAUAACAUGUAUGAAGGGCAUCAUCCGUGUUCUGAAUGUAUCCUUCAAAAAGCUGGUCUAUGUCCGAAUGUCUUUGGACAACUGGCAGACUUAUUAUGACAUCUUAGGAGAUUAUGUGCCUAAUUCUUGUGAUGGCGAGACUGACCAGUUCUUGUUCAAGAUUUCAUUGGUUCCUCCUUAUCAGAGAGAGGACGCUAAGGUUGAAUUUUGCAUCCGUUAUGAGACAUCGGUGGGAAUAUUUUGGGCAAACAAUGACAAUCGUAAUUAUAUUUUGAUCUGCCACAAAAAGGAAACUGCGCCACCAGCGGAAGAGAAUAAAGCCCAGGGAGAAGUUACAGAUAAAGUCCAGGAAGGUGUUACAGACAAAUAUAUCAAAGGCUGCUUAAAGACAAUACCAAGCAGUAAAGAAGAAAUAUUGCCAACGGCUGAUGAAGACAUAUGGAAUAAUUCCAGGAGUUCAGAAUCAGACAUCCCCAAAAUUCUUUAUUCGCAUGUGGAUGAUAAUGAAAUUCAACAACGUAAGGAAAAUGUAAGCAGCAAAGAUGUGGAACGUAACGAAGAUGAUAAUGAAGAUAAUGAAAAAGAAUUAGAGUUGUUGCUAAGUCAGCACUUCACUAGAGCCAAGGAUGAAAGGAAUUUAUACACAACCGAGCCAGUUAGAUUUCCAAGUGAACCAAAACUGGGGGGCAAGACGGACUCUGGCUUGCUUAGGCAACCUCUGGCGAUAAGUUCAUCUGAACGUGCUUUACAAGACAAAGGUCUGCACAAUAACCAAACAUCUUCCACAGGAAAUGAUUUUUGUAUGAUACCCCCAGAAAAAUUGACUGCACUGGACUCGGUAAACAAUAGGGCCCAGUCUUCAGAAAGCUUUAGUACCAUUGAAACCCUUUCAUCACUGGAGCACUGGUCUGGAACGAAAGAAAAAGAGACCGACCGUUUUACAGAUGUUAUCUCAAGUAAACAUGGGGUGUGUCAGGCAGAUGUUCAAAAGCAUGAAUCUGAAGAUGCCUCAGGAAGCAAAACAACGGAGAGUUUGUUAAUCAGAGAGGAUAAUGAUGAUCACCACAGAAAGGGGUGGGAAACAAGGCCCCAAAUAGUACCCUUAGAGUAUGAUGAAGCCAUCGAGUUAAAAGAGGAAGUAUUGGAAAGAGUGGAUGACAAGGUCAAGCCAUUUCUUGGGCAACAUAUGCAAGAAACCUCUUCUCAAACUCUUGAAUCAGUUUUAGAAAACAUUGACAAAAAGGAAUUAAAAAUUGAGAGAUAUGGGAACAAAAAGGUGUAUUUAAGAGGAGAAUUUAAUACCAAUACCUUAGCUGAAACUAAUGUCACAGCAAUGUCUUUCACAAGUUCGCAUACCAAAGAUGACAUUGUAGAAGAAAAAUAUAAGUCUGAGUAUAAUCUUGAUAAGGUGAAAGAAAUAAAGUUGAGCAUUUUAGAGCAAUCUUCAGAAGAGGCACUAGCAUGCCCUACCAACAGGCAUGGAAAAGAUUCCGCUGAAAUACAAAAUCAACAACCAUUGUUGUUCACACCCAGUAACAAUGAAGGCAGUACAAUAGAGAAGUUUUCUCAAAGAGAAAUGAUGAGUCCUGGUGUGUUAGAUGUAGCAAAAGAUGAGGAAUUACAUGAAUCCAUAGAUAUAUCAGGGCUAAAUGCUGGAGAAAUCUCAGGCAAAAGAAAUAAGCAGGAAAGCACAACUUCUGUUGUAGGUGAAUUAAGUCAAAAUUUAAAGGGAGCAGAGAGUAGUUACCCAGAAGACAUUCAGACUACAAGUGGGAUUUGCUUGAGCUACCCAAAUUUGGUACAGGCAACUGAUGCAAGUAUAUCCACAUAUUCUGCAUCAACAAAUGUAGAAGAUGUCUUUGAUGCUGGAGGAAAUUUAGAAGAAGGGAAGCACAGUCAGGGCUAUGACCUAGCAAACAGAAAGAUGUUGCAGGCAGAGCUGUGCCAAAGUGAUCCUGGCAGGUUUACUGAUGAUGAUCAGAGCAGCAGGGUCACAUGGGGGGAUCAAAGUUGGAGAGGCUUAGGAAGUCAAUUGGCAGAAAAGGAAAGCGAAGCCAGUGAAGGAGUGCAGGUGGAAGAGCUAACAGGUGGCGAAGCUAUGUGGGGAAUUAAAGACGAUACAAGAUGUUUGGAUGUAACUCCCACAGAUGAAUUGUUUACCUGCCAAGACCCGGUGAGAUAUGAAGAGUCUUAUGUAGUGGAGCAUGAUAGUAUAAGGGAAGCAGAGGCAGUUACAGCCUCUUAUAUAAUUAAAAUGACAUCAGAAAGCACUCCAGAAAAAAUGUCUGCUGGAGAAAAAGCAGUAAUUGUUAAGCUACCUCAAGAGACCGCACUAAGUGACAGGUCCACAGAGGAAAAGGAAACAGUGUUUGAUAUACAUGAAGGGAGAAGUGAUGGUUCACAUUAUCCUCUUUGUCAAUGCAAUACAGUGGGUGUAUUAUAUGACACCAAAUUUGAAGAGGAAUCAGUUUCAGAUAUUUAUAAUGCACGCAUACAUGAAACAGUGCACGGAGAAAUGAUGUCAGUACGCAGUGCAAGCGGAAAGCUUGGUGGAGCAGAACAUAGCACUGGGAAUGAUUCACCCCCAGAUGAAAUAUUAUGGACUUCUGCUGCAGAAGGAAAAGCCAUUUCAGAGCAGGAUUUAUAUCCUGAAACAUCUCCGAAAGCUUUGCAGGGCCUACCGCAAGGCCUAUGCAACAAAGAGGCUGAAGAGGCAAGUGUCUGGAGAAUGCUUCCUCACGACAGUGCUAAAGCAGAAAGCAAAAUUUCCCCUUCUGAGGUCAUUGUUGCUGGCAGCUAUUGCGAAAGUUCAUCUGUGACAUCUUCGGAAGAGUCCAGGGGAGCUCUUCCUGCUGAGGGGGGGCAAGUGUUGCAUCCAGACACAGAAGCUUCAGUCGAUAUUGCAGCUGACUCAGAAUGCAGCUUCACCUCAACUGGUGAAGCAGCUCCCAUGAUUCCAAAUAUUUCUUUGGAGACUGAACUCCAAGAACUUCCUGAGCGUUCAGCAGUGCUGCCUUCUAGUGAGAAAGGAGAAAGAAGCACAGGUCUGUUUCCCCAUCAGCCAGAGCUCAAACAGGAGAAGUUAUUAGGGCCAACCAUUUUAAUUAGUGAACCCCUAGAAGAAAGAGAAGAGAGAAUCUCAGAGUCUGAAGGUUUGAUAACUGAAGAAACAUUGAACACUGAUGGGCUUGGCCACCAGUCUGUUUUUGGUCACACAGCAAUUUCUGGCCAGCAAAGUGAAGUUUAUAGCUUACCAUCUGAGUGUCUCGUUUUAAAGCACAUUGGUUACAAAAUACUUUAUUUCCUCUUGUUCGUUGUGUUUUGCGUCACUUUGUACCACUACGAUUUAAUUGUUUGCUUUGCACUCUACUUCUUUUCAUUGUAUUGGCUAUACUGUGAGGGCAGGGGGGACGAGGAAUCGGUAAAAAAAGAGUAGUAUCAAGCUGCCAAAUGUCUACAUGAAGCACUUAACAUUUAAUAUCAGUAUAUCCCAAAGCACAGCCAUGUCCACACAGAACCAACUCAAGAUCCCCCCCCCACUUCCCUUGAAAUAAUGCUUAAAGGAAUGUACAUGGAGUUUGCUCCCUCAUAUAAGUAAUUAUUCUGCAUAGGACCAUUAAGUUUGGAUCAUUAAAUACCUAUAUGAAUAUGAGUUCUGAAGCACAUCAAGUUGAAAUUAAAUACAGCUGCUGCUCCUUUUCUGGUUAGGAAGAUGUGAAGCUUGAGUCUCUUCAGAGUCUCUUACAAUUUUAUCGCGCUCAUUUGUUUUGUAGUAAAGCUUUAUUUUCUUUCUGAAAGGCUUUUUAAAAAAUGGUUUUAUAUAGCAAGUAAGUAAAGAGGCAAUGGCAUUAUUACUAACACAGUAAUAGGGCAUGUCCACUUAGGAGUUUCCUGUAUUUUAUACUUAUGCACUAAAAUUGAAGGAUGAGAAGUAGGCCCCACAAAAUAAGGUAUUGUGUGGCCAGGGAAUUUUGCACACCAUUCCUCAGUGUGGACUAUAUCAUGUCCAUUCAUCCCACGAUUUUCCUGUUUUGCUGGGUGAACAGAUGGGAAAACCAAAGCUGCAGUAUUAUUUGCAGGGAUCUGAUGCACCGAGUUGGAGCCCUUCUCUUCCUCCUCUUUCAAACUAUGCAAUGUGGACAUGCCCUUAAUAUAUUAAUACUGACCAUAGGCACGAUCCACUGGGAUGUCACUCUGCAUGCACCGCUGAAAUUGAUAGGAGUUGUGCAAGAGUGCAAGGAAUGUGCCCCAUACGCAUUUAAUGAUGUACAACUAGAAUUAGCAAGCAUAUUUUGGGAGAAAAACUCAACUUUAUGGGUUAAGUAGAGCCGUCAUCAGACAUUGCCAAUCAGAAUUAAGGAAACAUAUGAGGAGGGUCAUGCGGUCAAGUAUGCCAGCUCUGCCCUUUGUCACCAUUCUCAUCUCCCUCCAAAUUGAGGAAGUCAGUCUUCUGAAGCAGAGCCUUCUGCCCUCAUGAAGGUUCACGUGUCCUUUAGAACCCUGAUUUUCUAGCGUUCUAAAGAACAGAGAAAGAUUCCAUGAGUACAAGAGAUCCCCCACUUCAGAAGAUUGUCCUGCACACACCAGAGGGUGACAGAAAUAGUGACAAGUGGGGGGCAGAGAUACCCCCAGCUCUGAUGUUAACUUAAUACUUCUUGAUAAUGCCUGAAGGAGGCAUAGGUGGCUGCUGUUGUUUUCCCCCCAAUGUGAUGAUAUUAAUUAAUAAAUGUCUGCACAGUUACAACUCUAGACUCCAGUGCAAUUGUGAUGUAACUUUGUAUGUGUAAAAAAAAAAAA